AAGGUAGAACGCAGUAAAAUGUGUUAGCAAAUAACUUACUCUUGUGCUUAAGGUACCUCACCGGCGUUGGGAGCUAAAGGUACAGGUGUUCAGAAUCAGGCAGGAGGAAAACAACAUGUCAUCUUGGUGGAGAGCAAGAGGCAACUUUAUAUAGCGCCGAAUUUGUUGGUAGCUGGCUUUGCCGGGCGGCCAUUAGGACGACUUCCCAUCCGUCGCGUCGUCGUUGCCGCCCCGCGACCGGAAACCAUUAGACAUUUCUUACUCCCACACGACAGCGUGACAGUUAGACAGUCCUGCAGUUGGUACAAAUCACCUUAUGCUUGUUUACACUCUGGAUGCCGCCGAAUAAGCAUAGGCCUGGGACCAGAUGGCGUCAAGCCCUAGUUACCAUCUUGUACACUCUACUGUUAGCAGAAGGCCGGCCGGAUGAGGCGAGAGGAAGUGCUGGAGCCGGGCGCCAUUACAGCCACCGGCGCUCCCUGGCUGCUGCCUCCACCGCCACCAGCCCCUCCCCAGAUGGCCCUUCGGGGCCCAUAGCGCCACAGCCGCCUGCAGAGCCCCAGGACAUGCCUGCCUUCCCCAUCUUCCCUUCAUUUAACCAGGUGGGCUACCCGCCGGCGUACCAGCCACUGCCACUUAUCCCAAGCCGUCCACCACAGCAUGUGGAUGCCGCUCCAGCCUACCCCACGCUUCCACCCCCGCCGGCCUAUCCCCUGCCCCCAAUGCAGCCACCCAAGGCGCCCGGGACUCCUCCCUCCACACCUGCAAUCCACCACCAGUCACCAGGAGUGCCGGAGCCGCCACAAGCGUACGCUUUAGACCCUGACUCCCCACCCCUGGCGCCGCAGUGGCCGCCGGCUUACCCUCUUCCUAGCGACCAGCCACCCCAGGAGGAGCCCCAGACGCCGCCCUUGUACCCCCUACCCAGCGACCAGCCACCGCUGGCGCCUCAGACGCCGCCGUCGUAUCCCCUUCCUAGCGACCAGCCGCCACUGGCGCCUCAGACGCCGCCGUCGUAUCCCCUUCCUAGCGACCAGCCACCGCUGGCGCCUCAGACGCCGCCGUCGUAUCCCCUUCCCAGCGACCAGCCACCGCUGGCGCCUCAGACGCCGCCGUCGUAUCCCCUUCCUAGCGACCAGCCGCCACUGGCGCCUCAGAUGCCGCCGUCGUAUCCUCUUCCUAGCGACCAACCGCCACUGGCGCCCCAAUGGCCGCCGUCGUAUCCCCUUCCCAGCGACCAGCCACCGCUGGCGCCUCAGACGCCGCCGUCGUAUCCCCUUCCUAGCGACCAGCCGCCACUGGCGCCUCAGACGCCGCCGUCGUAUCCUCUUCCUAGCGACCAACCGCCACUGGCGCCUCAGACGCCGCCGUCGUAUCCUCUUCCUAGCGACCAGCCGCCACUGGCGCCUCAGACGCCGCCGUCGUAUCCUCUUCCUAGCGACCAGCCACCGCUGGCGCCUCAGACGCCGCCGUCGUAUCCCCUUCCUAGCGACCAGCCACCGCUGGCGCCUCAGACGCCGCCAUCGUAUCCCCUUCCUAGCGUCCAGCCACCGCUGGCGCCUCAGACGCCGCCGUCGUAUCCCCUUCCUAGCGACCAGCCGCCACUGGCGCCUCAGACGCCGCCGUCGUAUCCUCUUCCUAGCGACCAGCCGCCACUGGCGCCUCAGACGCCGCCGUCGUAUCCCCUUCCUAGCGACCAGCCACCGCUGGCGCCUCAGACGCCGCCGUCGUAUCCCCUUCCUAGCGACCAGCCGCCACUGGCGCCUCAGACGCCGCCGUCGUAUCCUCUUCCUAGCGACCAGCAGCCACUGGCGCCUCAGAGGCCGCCGUCGUAUCCCCUUCCUAGCGACCAGCCACCGCUGGCGCCCCAAUGGCCGCCGUCGUAUCCCCUACCGAGCGACCAGCCGCCACUGGCGCCUCAGACGCCGCCGUCGUAUCCCCUUCCUAGCGACCAGCCGCCACUGGCGCCCCAAUGGCCGCCGUCGUAUCCCCUACCGAGCGACCAGCCGCCACUGGCGCCUCAGACGCCGCCGUCGUAUCCCCUCCCUAGCGACCAACCGCCACUGGCGCCCCAAUGGCCGCCGUCGUAUCCCCUCCCUAGCGACCAGCCACCGCUGGCGCCCCAAUGGCCGCCGUCGUAUCCCCUUCCUAGCGACCAGCCGCCACUGGCGCCUCAGAGGCCGCCGUCGUAUCCCCUUCCUAGCGACCAGCCACCGCUGGCGCCCCAAUGGCCGCCGUCGUAUCCCCUCCCUAGCGACCAGCCACCGCUGGCGCCCCAAUGGCCGCCGUCGUAUCCCCUCCCUAGCGACCAGCCACCGCAGGAGGAGCCUCAGACGCCGCCAGCUUACCCACCACUCUCAGGCCCCUUAGCUCCGCCGAUGCACCCACCCCCUCUGGAGCCUUACCCGCUGCCCAUGGACCCUCCUGCCUACCCUGGAGCUCCGCCACCUUUGGCGCCCCUCUUCCCGGGUUCACCCCAGCCCCCUUCACCUCAACCACCUUCGCCAGAGCCCCCCUCGCCUGAACCGCCGUCGCCUGAGCCGCCGUCGCCUGAACCGCCGUCGCCUGAGCCGCCGUCGCCUGAACCGCCGUCGCCUGAACCGCCGUCGCCUGAGCCGCCGUCACCUGAACCGCCGUCUCCCGAGCCACCGUCUCCUAAACCACCAUCGCCUGGCCCUCCUUCACCUAAGCUGCCAUCGCCUAAGCCGCCCAGCCCACUUCCACCCUCUCCAUCACCCCCUCGCCCUCUGCCUCCCUCCCCGACACCGCCCAGCCCGCGGCCGCCAUCUCCCAAACCACCGUCGCCCUCUCCCAAGCCGCCCUUACCCAGCCCACCAUCGCCCAUGCUACCCUCACCCAAACCGCCCUCACGCAAGCCACCUUCGCCCAUACCGCCUUCGCCCACUCCUCCCGCACCCAAGCCAACCUCCCGAAAGCCUCCUUCACGUGCACCACCAUCGCCUCCUGUACGUAAGCCACCGCCGCCCAUGCCCCCGUCGCCGAAGCCACCAUCUCCCAAACCGCCCUCGCCCAAGCCUCCCUCGCCUCAGCCCCCUCCACCACCUUCUCCCAAGCCGCCUUCACCCAAGCCGCCUUCACCCAAGCCGCCUUCGCCUCCCAGCCCCUUCCCGCCUGCGCCCCCCGCCUGCACCUCCUCCUGCAUCGCCCCGAGCUCCCCCUGCCCCUUCAUGGUGCACGACGCCGCCAGCUGGGCUCGUACCGACGGCUACAGCCCCGCUGCGGUGCUGCUGGCAGCCUACUGGGACCUCUUCGCGGCCUACUCAGCCGACAGCGCCGGCGCCGGCAUCCUCAUAUUCGGCACCUCCGACGGUCCGCACUUUGAGUUCCUGGACCUGCCCUCGCUGCAGUGCUUCAUGCAGAUGCAGCUCAACCGCAGCGCAGUGACGCUACAGCCCUCACAGCAACCGGGUAGCGACGCCGCCAGCGCGGCCCCAGCCCUGCCUCUGACCUCCGUCGCGGGUUUCUCAGCCAGACUGAGUACCUCAAUGCGUUGCGUGCUGGGCGGCGCGGAGGACCAGGCGAUGUACUACGGUCCCUGGCUGGCGGAUGCGCUCGCGCUGAAGCUGAACGCCAAGCUGGCUUCGCUGGUGGCGGAGGGGCAGGUACCCAGUGAAGCCGCGGGCGGACCCAUGCCGCUGCAGGAGGCGUUCUUCGCUGCGGUGUGGCCGCCGGUGCUGCCGCCGCAGGCGAAUGUGAGCUCAUGCGCGUGCCGCAGCGUGAGCGAGGUACUGCAAAGGGUGGAGGCGUUCGUCGGUGGAGGCGACGGAGGUGUCUUACUGACGCUGGCGGAUGCGGUGGCGGCGGGCGAGUGUGGGCGAGCGCUGGCAUAUGUGUACGGCAGGGACGUGUGCGAGGAGGUGCCUCCAGCGGGGCCGUCGCUGCUGUGCCUGCCGCUGUCGCAGCCUCCGCCGCCCCCCAGUCCCCGUCCACCACCGCCGGUACCUCCCCCACCGCCGCCUAGCCCCUCGCCGGCCCCGCCUAGCCCCUUCCCACCGGCCCCGCCGGCCUGCACCGCUGAGUGCUUGGCACCCGGUAAGCCGUGCCCCUUUGAAGUGUACGGCGCGAGUAGCUGGGCGGAUACAACCCUGUUGGACCCAGCGGCUGCGACGUUGGGUCUGAACUGGGAGCACUUUGCCAACUUCGCGGAUGGGAUCUUCAUUUUCGGCGCCUCAGAGGGUCCGCACUUUGAGUUCCUGGACCUGCCCUCGCUGCAGUGCUUCAUGCAGAUGCAGCUCAACCGCAGCGCAGUGACGCUACAGGCGGAAGCGGCGGCUGCCGGCGGAACGCAGCUGCCGGCGCCUGAGCUGCCGCUUAACGUGGUCCUGGGAUUCGGCGCCCUGGUGGACACACAACAUCGCUGCGUGCUUACAAGCGCGGAUGACCAAGCCAAGUACUUUGGGCUUUGGCUAGCGGAUGCCAUAGCGUUGAAGCUCAACGUGUUGCUGUCGGAAUGGAUGUUAGCCAACAGCCCGUCUGGAACGGAUUCGGCCGCAUUGCCCCUGUCAACCGCCUCCUUCGCUGCCUUCUGGCCGCCUGUGUGGCAGCCUGAAGUAGACGUGAGCUCGUGCGCGUGUCGCAGCGUGAGCGAGGUGCUGCAAAGGGUGGAGGCGUUCGUUGGCGGCGACGGCGGCGAUGGUGUCGUACUGGAAACAGCGCUGACGCUGGCUGAUGCAAUGGCGGCGGGCGAGUGCGGGCGAGCGCUGGCAUAUGUGUACGGCAGGGACGUGUGCGAGGAGGUGCCUCCAGCGGGGCCGUCGCUGCUGUGCCUGCCGCUGUCGCCGCCGCCAACCCCACUGCUUCCUCCGUCGCCGUCGCCACCCCCGCCAUCCACUCCUCACCCACCUCCGCCACGGCCAUCACCGCCACCGCCACGGCCGCCGUCGCCCCGGCCGCCGUCGCCGCUGCCGCCACCUCCGUCACCACGGCCCCCACAUCCGCCGUCUCCACGCCCGCCACAGCUACCGCCGCCUCCCCGGCCGCCGUCACCUCGCCCACCGACUCCGCGGCCGCCACCCCCCUCGCCCCGCCUGUCGCAUCCGCCCCCGUCACCUCCUCCCAAACAGCCGCCCUCACUGCCGCCACCUUCGCCGCCGUCGCCGUCGCCUCCGAGGCCAAAAUCUCCAUCACCGCCGCCACGGCCGCCACCGCCGGUGCCGCCGUCGCCGCCCUUGCCGCCGCCGCCGUCACCUCCGCCCCCAUCACCGCCACCGCCGUCACCCCGGCCUCCUUCACCGCCGCCGCCGUCACCCCCGCCUCCGUCACCGCCGCCCCCGUCUCCACGCCCUCCGUCACUGCCGCCCCCAUCGCCAUUGCCACCGUCGCCGCCACCACCCUCGCCGCCACCAUCACCAAGCCCUCCACAUCCACCAUCGCCACCGCCUCCCUCGCCAAUGCCCCCAUCUCCGCGGCCUCCGUCACCGCCGCCUCCGUCACCCACACCGCCGCUACCACCCUCACCGCCGCCUCCGUCGCCGAUGCCCCCAUCUCCGCCUCCUCCAUCGCCCAAGCCUCCACUUCCGCCGCCGCCGUCACCGCGGCGGCCCCCUCCUCGACCGCCGCCACCUCCGCGACCCUCCCCACCACUGCCACCAUCACCUCCUCCGCCAUCCCCACCGCCGCCUCUACCACCGCCGCCGCCGCGCCCCUCACCGCCGCCUCCACCCCCAUCCCCUCCACCACGGCCCAAACCGCCGUCGCCACCACCCCCUCCGUCGCCACCCUCACCCUCACCCCGGCCGCCGCCGCCGCUACAACCACCGCGGCUUCCACCUCCCUCACCUCGCCCGCCUUCACCGCUGCCUCCCUCACCGCCUCCGCCGUCACCACCACCUCCCUUGCCGCCACCACCUUUGCCGCCACCUCCCUCACCGCCACCACCGUCGCCGCCACCUCCCUCACCGCCACCACCGUCGCCGCCACCUCCCUCACCGCCACCACCGUCGCCGCCACCUCCAUCACCGCCACCACCGUCGCCGCCACCUCCCUCACCGCCACCACCGUCGCCGCCACCUCCCUCACCGCCACCACCGUCGCCGCCACCACCCUCACCCCCACCACCGUCGCCAACGCCUCCCUCCCCUCCCCCACCCUCCCCUCCCCCACCCUCUCCCCCACCGCCGCCCCCUCCGCCGCCGCAACCGCCACCGCCGUCCCCUCCUUCACCACCACCGCCGCCGCCACCACUUCCGCCACCCCCAUCCCCCACUCGCCCAACCUCAUCACCCCCUCCCGUGCCGCGACCGCCCUCUCCCUCCCCACCGUCCCCAUCCCUCUCAUCCCCCCCUCCGCCGCCACCCCGCAAGCCCCGCCCUCCUCCUCCGCCUGCUCCCUCCCCGCCCCUCUCUCCCAAGUCACCCCGCAAGCCCCGCCCUCCUCCUCCCGGCUCCCCCUCCCUCCCCCCUCCCUCCCCACCGCCUCCCUCCCCGCCACCUCCCUCCCCACCCCCUGCCAGCCCCACUUCUAGCGGCCAGCAGAGCUCCGCCUUCCCCUUCUACGGCUGCCGCCAGAAGGCCGGCAAGCCCUACUGGCUGAACCUGGUGGCUGCGCACGUGAACGAGGGCGGCGACACCACCUACUGCUUCAACUUCACCAGCCUCGCCUGCGACACGGGGGUGUGCUGCAGCAUGAUGAUGGACCGUAUCGAGCUGCUCAUAAACGGCGCCUGCAUGCAAGCCAUUUACUCCGGAACCAUCAACGGCAAGGCCUCCAGCCCCGCCUACACCACCUUCGAACGCGACGGCCAGCAGUACAUGGUGGCCAAGCUGCGGCUCUUCCUGGACGCCUCCGCCGCCGCCAGCUCGCAGCUGUGUUUCGCGCUGCGGCGGGGCAUCUGCGGCACGCUGCAGGCGCUGUGCGCGGGCCCCAGCUGCAUGUACACCUUCUCAGGGGGCAGCGCGGACGGCAAGUCCAUGUGCUGCCCCGUGGACACACGCGCGUGGUGGAUGCCGUAACAUGCAAGAGGAUAGAAGUGGAUGUGACUCACAUCGUGUGAGGACAUGUGAGGGUGACGUGUAAGCCUUCACAGCAGUUGGAUGUACUAGAUGAAUUUGCAGGAUGGCGUCGUACAGGGUGCCGUACGCGGCCAUAAGCUCGUUGUUGUGCAGGGUGCCGGCACCGUGUGUUUAUUGCUGCUGGGGUUGGACGGGUGAUGGACAUAGCGUGGUGGUGCGGCGGAGUGCAUCAAGAAUCGCCACAGCACGAUAAAGGGGUUUCCUGCGUGUCACGCACCGCCUGAGUGAAAGCUCAUGCGUCCGGCGUCCCUGAGCCCUGACCUGGCCAAACCCCUGAGGCGAGCAGCAUGGGUUAAAGGGCGAUGUAUGUGCCGGGGUGGUAAAUCGGGUUGGUUGGAAAAGGAAUUCAUCAUGGGGAGCAGGGUGUGGAAGCGGUUGCUUCAACGAAUGAGGGGAAGGCUUAGCAAACAGAAAGCGUGAGUCAUCCUUCUUUGCUUCUUUCGUUUAGCGUGUUGGUUGUUAUUGUGAUUUGUCACCAGCGCGUGUGCUGAACUGCGUAUGUGAGUGGCCGUGCGCAUGCGUGCCGGCAGCGUAGGGGUGCAGUCUGGGUGCCCACCAUGCUGCAAUGGCUGUGUUGUGAAACAACUGGCCGCGAUAUGGCUGUGUGUACGGCAGGUGGGUGGAACUACCUUACCUGACGGCUAACAUCCCUAGAUAAGACCGUGCGUGUCGCGAUCCAUUGCUGUUGACGCAAGUCCUUGUCCUUUCGCCAUGUGAGGUCACUGGACUCGUUGGACACGUUACAGGAUGUGGUGUUACCAGCCGGCUGCGUCAAGUUUGCGCUGAGCCAUCAUUGUGGCCGCUGUACCAGCCGUACCGUUCGUACCAUCCGUACAGCCGUAGUGAUUAUUGGCGUCCCAUCAAAUGUUUGGGAUCCUACAUGCGCCGCAGAGUGCUUUACCGUACCGCCUAAUGCAUUCGGGCUGCGUUUCCUGACCGUUCAUCUGUGACCUCUGUCUUGCGACCGUUGUCGCCGUAUAUUGUCUGUGUUGCCGUACAUUUCGUCGGUACUGCGUGUGCGUUUUGUUGAGAUGCGGUGGCUCUGUACUCCGCAUAUUGAUAACUGCGGAUGCCGCUCUUUCAUAAGUCGGGUUUGGGCAUUCAUGUACGGUACGGGGGACGUCGUUCCCUUUCCAUUCCUAGUGUACCGCAUACUAGAGCGGGGACUUGCUGAUAGAGUUUCACUGAACAUGCGAUAGCCUGGCGCCCCGAACGUUGAAUGGGUGAUCUUCUAUGUUUGCGCGUGUACAUGACUGCGCGUGUGUGCUAGCUACGUGUGUGAUGACCGGCCCCCAGCCAACGCAGGAGGAGGACUAUGGCAUAGCGGGCGGGUACAUACGGGUGGGCUGGGGAUUGCUAGAUGGGUUAUAAUGCACGGUUGCAUGUACUUCACGGUGCAUUUCUUGGCUACGGAUGGCUGUGUUUGUUGAUACCGGUACUCGACUCGACUGGAUUCGGGCUAUUGCGGGAACUUGCAACAUAGUAAUUACACCCGCUGCGAUGCGGCGGAGCCCUGCUCAACAUGUAAAGACGCAUGCGACG